AUGCUCUCUCUGUCGACCUUCCUGCAUCUGGCGACGCUCGUCGCGGUCGCGGUCGCAAUGCCCAACAACGUCACCCGCACCGACACCGCCAAGCGGGCGACGUGCACGGUCAACAGCGUCUCGAGCGCGGCCAAGCUCUCGGGCUGCUCGAAUGUCGCUGCCAGCGGUGCGACCGUGACGAUGAACGGGGACAUCACGUUUGCCAAGACAUCCUCGGCGGGUCCUUUGAUCACAUUCAACACGAACAACAUCAACUUCAACGGCGGUAACCACAAGAUCAAUGGCAACGGUGCUGCUUACUGGGACGGAAAAGGCACCAACGGCGGCUCGACCAAGCCCCAUCCUUUCGUCAAGUUGCGCUGCCUUGUGUCGCCGAGGCUUGAAGCUAACGAGCACGUUUUCAGAUUCAAGGGCUCUGGCACGUUCGCGUCGGUCACGGUCCUCAACUCACCGGCCCAGGCCAUCUCCGUCGGCACCACCGGCGCUACUCUGAUCCAGCAGGUGACCGUCGACAACUCGGCCGGAUCCUCGCUCGGCCACAACACCGACGGGUUCGACAUCAGCGCCGACUCGGUGACCGUGUCCCAGUGCAAGGUCAUGAACCAGGACGACUGCGUCGCGGUCAACAAGGGCAACGCGAUCACGAUCCAGGACACGACCUGCAUCGGCAGCCACGGGAUCUCGAUCGGGUCGAUCGCGUCCGGCCACUCGGUGACGAACUUCCGCGCGGCGCGCAACACGAUCAGCGGCGGGCUGUACGGUCUGCGCAUCAAGGUCGACGCGAGCGCGACCGGCGCGCAGGUCUCUGAUGUCACCUACGACUCGAACGUGAUCUCGGGCAUCAGCGACUACGGUGUGCUGAUCACGCAGAGCUACCCCGCGAACGACGGCACGCCCGGAAAGGGCGGGCCGAUCUCGAACGUGGCGUUCACGGGUGGAACGACAACGGUCGCGGUGGACAGCAGCGCGCAGUCGGUCGUGAUUGACUGCGGCGCUUGCUCCGGAAACUGGAACUUUGCGGGUCUUAAAGUGACCUCGGCGGGCAAGGGCCACAAGAUUGCUGCUGACAAGGCGGUGAUCAGCGGCGGAUCCUACUAAAGAAGAAAUGUUUGUGUCAUUGCUGUAUUGUUGUUCUGUGUGUUCUGUGCUCUUGUAUCAAAUCGAAAUACCCUGAAUUUGGUUGAACUAUUUUGACUUGAAACC